AUCCAUAUUUUCCCGUCUUACUAACCAUUCACGGCAAUAGUACCAUAAUCUUCAAAAAGUAGUGAGUCUUCUUGGCAUGAUUGAUGUGUUUGACUUGUGAAGUUGUUUAGAUGACGGAUGAUGAUUUCUGAGAAACCAUUGGGAGAGGAGUCUAUCCGGCAGGAUCUGGAGGUUUUAACCGUUUCGAAGCGGCUUGUGAAAAGUGUUAGCCAGAAGUUGAAGAAAAAGAUUCAUAAAUCUGAGGUGGUGGAAGAUGAAGUGGAUGCAAGAGGAGUGGUUAAUUGUUUAAGUAUCAGUGUUGGUUGCAGAGUUGCUGAUACGGGUGAGGAUUUUGAGGAUCGUAGUGAUAAGAGGUGGUCCAGUGCUAGUGAGGAGGGUAAGGGAUUGAUGACCAUUUGUGGAACUGAAGAAACUAGGUUAGAUUGUUUUUCUUAUGGGGUUAAAGAGAGGUUCUGGAAGAAGAAUAGUAGAAAAUAUUUAGUUGACUCGGCCCAGGAUUAUCGCAAGCACAUUUUCCUUCCUGAUGAUAUCCUGGAAAUGUGUUUGAUGAGGCUUCCUUUGACCAGCCUAUUGAAUGCACAGCUUGUUUGCAAGAAAUGGCGAUCCAUGGCUACCACCCAGCGGUUUCUUCAGAUGAGACGAGAAGGCUCCUUUCAAACCCCUUGGUUGUUUCUCUUUGCUGCUCUUAAAGAUGGCUGCUCCUCUGGUGAUAUUCAUGGGUAUGAUGUAUCUCAAGACAAAUGGCAUAGGAUUGAAUCUGAUCUACUUAAAGGCCGGUUUAUGUACUCUGUGGCGAGCAUCCAUGAGGAGAUUUAUGUAAUUGGAGGUCGUUCCAUGGACAGGAACUCUAUUAAGUCCCACCGAGGGAUAUUGGCAUUCAGUCCUUCAACCAAAUCAUGGCGUAAAAUCGCGUCUAUGAGACAUGCUAGAUCACUUCCCAUUGUUGGUGCCAUUGAAGUUACUUCAGAAUUCUCGACCAUACAGACCCAACAGAAUCGCCAAGAUAGACGCUUUCACCUGUCACGAAUGAGCGGAGAAUCAGAUGUUUAUGAAGACCCUCACAGGCUAUCGGUAAGACGACAGCACAGAAACUUAGCUGAUCAAAACGGAACUAAAUCCCACAGGUUAACAAAACAAAAGCUUGAUCGGCUUAACCGAAACAGCUCCAAGAGAAUUGUGCUCAUUGCCAUAGGAGGCACUGGAUUGUUCGAUGAGCCACUUGAUUCAGGUGAAAUGUACGACUCAGCAACAAACACAUGGUCAGAAAUUCAGAGACUCCCGAUGGAUUUCGGGGUUGUGAGUUGUGGGAUCAUAUGCAAUGGAAUCUUUUACGCUUAUUCUGAGAAUAAUAGGCUAUCAGGGUAUGACAUUGAGAGAGGCUUCUGGAUUGCGAUCCAAACAUCCCCAAUCCCUCCUCGAGUUCAUGAGUUCUACCCUAAACUCGUCUCCUGCAACCAUCGGUUGUUCAUGCUCUCUGUUUCAUGGUGCGAUGAAGGAGAUGGACAAAUUGGGAGGAGAAACAAAGCGGUGAGAAAGCUGUGGGAGUUGGAUCUUGUGUACCUCACAUGGACCGAGGUUUCAGUACACCCGGACGCACCAAUGGAUUGGAACGCCACAUAUGUCUCAGACCAGAACAUAGUAAUGGGAGUUGAGAUGUUCAAGAUCUUUGGGCAGGUAUUAAGUUUCUUCACAGUCUGCGAUACAUUAACGGAAGAAGCUUCCUGGAGACAUGUUUCGAGGAACCAAAGAAGUCAAAAACUUAAUCUAUCUUGUAUGAACAAGACCAUUGCAUUGCUUCAUCUCUGAUCUUUUUCAAUUCAUUUUUAUAACUUUCAGGACUCGUCAAAAUUGAUUGAUUCAUGUAUUGGAAAGAAAUGCAAUGUGCUAGUCCCUUAGAUUGAUUUGAAAUGUAAUGUUUAUAAUUUAAUAUUUUCGGGAUGUUUAGCAGCUCUACCACUAGGGAUAGAACUGUGUUCAGAUCACUAUCGAAACAAGGAGAUAAAGUAAACAUUUGAAACUUGA